AUGGAUAAAGUUUGCACUUUUUGCAACGCAAAAAAGUGGGCGGUGAGCAACCUGGGCUUUGUUGCUCUGGGGCAAAAUCAAACUCCCUUCUUUAGACGAGCCUCCCAGCCACUUAGGGAUCUCCUUCUGGGUACAACUGAGUCAAUGCAUUUUCUUGAAGCAAUACGGAAGUAUAACUGUUGCUUCCAGAUGACAUCUUUUGGUGUGAAGGCUAUUAGUGAAGGGGGAUGGAUGCCUACUUUCAAAGUGCAAGGCCAGGUUUACCACUUAACAGGAUCACUUUUGGCUGAUCAGGGAGAGCCACCUCAGUUCCUACAAAUUUACUUUCUCGCAGACUACAACGAGCAGGUUGAUGCGCGUCUCUGCAUUCUGCCUAGCGAUAUUUCCAUCGGUCCCCGUAGAGACAUUCUGUUCCGUCUACAAGACAUGCUUCACGAAACUAACAGUUACAUCCGAAGCUUAAAGUUUGCGUUGCAAAACAACUCUUUGCCCUCUUUCAGUGUUGUCAUCGAUGCAGACAGACGGCUUCACGGUGAGCAUGAGCGUCGCUUCAAUGCUCCUGUACGUAAUGAAAUUGCCGCAGUCAUCCACGGUGAGGAGCAUAACAGCCGUGACAUUGUCAUAAAAUACUGGGGCGGUGGUCUGCGCCGCAUCAGUGAAACCCACCGUUCAUACAACUGUCUCCAGUACCCCCUUCUUUUUCCAUACGGAAGCGAUGGGUACCACUUCAAAAUCCUAAUAUGCCAGGCAAGCAGCGAUUCCAUGUCGACCUCAAAGACAGUCUCCUGUAGGGCUUACUACGCCUACAUGUUUAUGGUUAGGGAGGGUGAAUUUAACCACUUGCACAGGUGCCGUCAACUAUAUGCAGUCCGAUUGCAUGGCAAUUUUUUUGUUUGUCAUAUUGGUUUUAACGUUAGGUCAUCGUAG